GCAUCCUUUGAUCUCGCGUCAUCAUCUCCUAUUAGUCACCUUACUACUAGUCAAUUUAUUGGCGAUAGAGUCCCUGCCGGUUUUCCUGGGUCAUAUGAUGCCUUCUUAUAUGGCAGUUUUCGUCGCAGUCAUACUGGGAUUGGUAUUCAGUGAAAUUAUACCGUCUGCUGUGUUUACAGGACCAAAUCAAUUAUCUAUUGGAGCGGCUUUGGCCCCUUUAGUGAAGUUUUUUAUGGUGGUCCUCUACCCUAUUGCUGGACCAGUCGCUUGGUGCCUCGAUAAGAUGCUAGGGGAGGAGCAUAGAGGGCGGUAUAAUAAGGCGGAGUUCAAAGCUUCGCUCAAUUUACAUCAGUAUUAUGAG